AUGGCACAAAUCUACCUCCGUAACUUGCGAGAAGUGCACAAGAAAUACACGAAUGGGAAGCGUGCAGGAAACCAUGAACCGAGAGAAGGCAUGGUAGUACUACUUGCUGACGACAACCUACCACGCAAUACCUGGAAAAUAGGAAGAAUAUCGGCAUUGAAACCUGGAAAAGAUGGAGCCAUAAGAGAAGUAGAAUUGCAUAUGCCCAACGGAAACAUUCUCAGGCGUCCCAUCAAUCUACUCAUCCCUCUGGAACUCAACGACGGAGCAGAAACUCCGAGAGGAAAACCAACAACCUGA